UCUUUUCUGAACCUCUCCUUAUAAAGCUUGUGCCGGUGGAAAAGUUUCAUUCUUUUCAAAUGCUUGUCAUAGCUCCCUUGGAUGGAAUAACUGAACUGGACUGAACCGGGAAAAUUCAACAUUUCAACGGGAUUAAUUUAUUUGGUGGAAUAUCAGACCUACAAUUUAUUUCGCAACAUUUUUUUCCCCCUUGCAUUUUCAGUCAGGUACAGCGCUGAACUUAGUUUUUCUGAACCAGAAACAAGUGGUCCUCGCGCACACUUUGUACCAUGGCAAACUCUUGUCUACAACUGAGUGGCUUUUUCCUCGGCUUUCUUGGCUGGCUGGGCAUUGUGAUUGCCACAUCCACAAACGAGUGGGUCAUGAUGUGCAAAUAUGGGUUGAACACCUGCAAGAAAAUGGAUGAGCUGGGAUCCAAAGGACCCUGGGCGGACUGUGUCCUUUCCACAGGACUCUACCACUGCGUGUCCCUGACUCAGAUCCUGGACCUGCCAGCCUACAUCCAGACCACUCGUGCCCUGAUGAUCACGGGCUCUAUCUUGGGUCUCCCGGCGGUGGGAAUGCUGCUCAUGUCCAUGCCCUGCAUUAGACUUGGCAGUGAACCCCAGAGCUCCAAGAACAAGCGUGCCAUCGUCGGAGGAGUUCUCAUGCUCAUAAUUUCAUUGUGUGGCAUGGUGUCCACCAUUUGGUUCCCCAUCGGUGCCCACCAGGAGAGUGGUCUGAUGUCAUUUGGCUUCUCCCUAUACACUGGAUGGGUGGGCACUAUAUUCUGCCUGCUCAGUGGCUCUAUGCUCACCUGUUCAUCAGAGUCCUCCUCUCCCCGUGCCCACCAGGACAACAACCAUUUUUAUUACUCCAAGCAGGGGGGUGGCAACCUGCCAACUGCCUCCUCCACCAACCACGCAAAAAGCGCCCACGUCUGAGAUCGGAGAGAUUUGAAUCCUACGUGGCCGAACAAAGGGACUGUGCUCUGUACAUAGAGACAUAUGCAAAAAAAAAAGGUGAACAAAUGCUUAGAUUCACAUGCAAUACAAUUCCAUUUCCACAUCAAUCCGGACUGGAGGAGAAGGGGACACAAUCAUACCGUCAUUCAAGUUGGAUUACAUUGCACAAUAAGCAAAAGUCACACAGUGUGCAAAUUUUUCCGAAAAAAAAGAAAGAAAAGGAAAAAGACUCUUGAGCUUGUAAUUUGUUUUUGUUCUGCUGAGCUCAAUUCGCAGCCUCCUCAUGCUGGGCGUGGUAGAGACUCACCCCACUGUUUCAUAAGUGUACAGUCUCCUGAUUCUUAACAGAAACCUUGUUUACUGUCUAUAGCAGUGCUAUUUUUUCCCUAUAAUGACUAAAAGAAAAAUACGUUUUGUGAGUGCAUUAGUUGAUUUUUUCCCAAUAACACCAUGAUGUAUUGUUUCAAUUGAAGCAGGGAUGACAGUAUUAUACUUGUUCUAGAAAAUGUGUUCAUAUUGUUUAUAUACAUUGAUUUUCUGACAGUACUGUAAAACUCCAAAGUUGAUGGACUUGAUUCCAAUAAUGUAGCACUGCUUUUCCGAGCCCCAGCAGGGUGACAGCACCAUGAUGGGAACAUUGAUUUAACAAGAAAACAUCAUCCAGCCAUGUUACAAUCUGUGUUGUAGUCUCGGUAUGUGCACUGUAAUAACUUAUUGUACAGUACAACAUUUAAUGAGUACAAAGUUCAUCUCUUUGGUUACAUUCUUUCCUUAUUUGUACUAACUUUUGCUUUAGUGUUGAGCUUUAAGUAUGUUUUUAACAAUGUGGCAUUAUACAUUUCUUGUAGUCAAAUCUCCAAACAUACAGUAGCUUUUAAAUAUGUUUGUAGCUAAAAGUGUAUUUUGCUAGCAUGCACUAAAAUCAGACUUAUGCAGAUGAGUUUCUUUCUAAGGGCUACAAAAUAACACAGAGCUGAGGGGACCUGGUAUUUCCAGCUCAGACAUGGGGGGAAAAAAGUGUUGGCUUUGGAUAUUUAUUGUUUCACGUACAAUGUACUCUGUCAUUUUCAACAAUAAAGACAAUUUAAAUAAGA